CGCCCUCGCAGCCCAGGCACGGCCCAAGGCGUGCCGAGCUAGAUUUCACGACCGAGCCGCCCUCGUUCCCCUUCCUUACGGCGGCUGCAACCGGAUAAACAACGGUGUCGGCGACCACCUCCCAAAUCCCAAUCCUUCCCAAGUCUCUCCGGCUCUCCUUCCCUUCCCCUCCGCCCAGCAGCGCCGUCGGCGCCGGCCGAGCCAGCGCUGCCGUCUUGCGCACCAGUGCCGCCGCCGCCGCGGUGUGCGGCUGCCUGGCAGUGGCCAGCGCCCGCUCCGGCGUGGAUGGGCCCAUUCCGUGCGCCUGCUCUCCUUCUGCAGCGUCGCCGCCCCAUCAUCGGCGGGCCCGUUCGCCCCGCCGCGCGCUUUGGCCCGGGUUUCUCAGCUCCACGUCCACCCCACCUUCCCGAAUCCGGCGUCAGUUAGGCGGUAGAAAUCAGAACCUUGGCCGUCGACUGGGCAAUUAGGCGCCGCAACGCCAUCAUCUUGGGUUGGCGAUGGAAGCUCCAGCCCCAGAUUGGUCCGGGCUACCGGCGGAUAUAUUAACCACCGUACUCCAGUUGCUCGAGUGCCCGGAUCUCCUCCGAUCCGCCUCCGUCUGCACAGCCUGGCACAAGGCGGUCUCUGUGCUCCGGCGUAUCGGUGUUUGCCCUGCCUCCCAGACACCCUGUUUACUCUAUUGCACUGAGGCCGCUGGCAGGAGCGCUCUUGGCAUGUACAGUCUCUCGGAGCGAAAGGCCUACACCAUGCCCCUGCCUGAACCUCCCAUCAACAACUGGAUUGGCUCAACACAUGGAUGGAUAGUCACCAUGGAUAAAAGGUCUGACCUGACGCUGCUCAAUCCGAUCACUGGUGACAGGAUUGCACUCCCUCCCGCAACGACCAUGGAACACGUCAAACCUAUCCUUAAUGAUGGCGGAGUUCUUGAGAAGUAUGAGGUGUCUUACUACGACGGAGAGCUUCCGAGGGUGGAGGAUACACCCUAUGUAUCUGAUUUGGACGAGUAUGGUGAUUUUUUCUAUACUAAGGCAAUUUUAUCAUCUGAUCCAUCGAAAGGUGAAUGCAUUGUCAUGCUCAUCCACCAGCCAUAUGCUCAGCUCUCGUUUACCAAAGUGGGAGAUGUUCACUGGAAUUGGCUCAAAAUAUGUAAUUUCUAUGCAGAUUGCAUAUCCCAUGAUGGAUGGUUCUAUGCAAUGACUCCUCAAGGUGCAAUUGAUGCGUUUAAUUUAAAUGGACCAUCUGUCAUCCACGAAAGAGUUUUGCCAGAUAUGUUUUUGUUUGGUGAAAGAUCAUACAUUGUUAAGGCCCCAUGGGGAGAUGUCCUCCAGGUUGAUAGGAAGCAGAUUCUGGAUCAUGAACAACCAGGUGGUGAGACGUAUAUCACUAAAAUCGAAGUGUACAAGGUAGAUUUUGUUGAGCAAAAGCGUGUCAAGAUGAAAGGAAUAGGUGACCAUGCGUUGUUUAUCGGCAAAAGUACAACGUCUUGCUUCAGUGUAAAGCAUCAUCCAGACUUGAUGCCAAACCAUGUAUAUUUUACUGAUGAUCAUGAUGACGAACUAGUAACCGGGAAAGAUGAUCUCCGUGACAUAGGAGUGUACAACUUGGAAACUGAUACCACAUGUAAGGUGGUUUAUCCUGAACCCUGGCGGACGUGGUUCCCUCCAAUAUGGUUGACACCCAACCUUGCAAAAAGAGGCUUUCAAGAUAAUAAUUGUGGGAGGGAACUCUCCAGUGCUGUCAUCAACAAUCAGAUCACGAAAGCAUCGCCUCGUUUGAACUGUGUUUUGUUUUUUGACAGAUAUUGAACUGUAAAAUUUACAGUUUGAUACAUGUCGAGCUUAAUGAUCUCAUUGGCCAUUUGUAUUAAGACAGGAGAUAGCUUUCCUUGUAUUCUGUCUCGGGGCACUGACUGGACUCGUUGUCGGGGUCAUAGUAAAGCUACAACGGAGGGAGAUUAGCUGAGACGCCCGGCUGACAUUUUAUAUCAAUGAAACUUGCCAUGUAGUCUUUGCUUUCAGUUUACUGAACUUCAAGUAGCCUUUGAGUCAA